CUAACUACCUCCUUACCUAACCUAAUAAUAGCCUCAUCGCCUGCCGCCAGAAACCUUAGUUAACUAGUUAGUUACUGAGUUACUAAAUUUAGGGUGCCUAUUCACAGACUUGGCUAGUGAUCCAGCACGCGCCGCCUAUAAAAAGAAUGUUUCUCAAAGUCCAAUCAUCUUUUCCUUCAUAAGGUAAAAUCAUGGGCAAGCCGAAACCACAAUAAGUUCGCCUACGUUGAAUAUUCGGUCAAUAGAAGGCUUUCAUAAAUGGAUGGACUGCUGUCCAAUAUGAUAACUAACUAGUUAACCAACGACGCCCUCCGCGCACUCGCCUGUUUGGCUUAGCAGUUUGGCAACUGCUCAGCUGCAAGGUGGCCAUAAAUAAUGCACCUUAGCGCCAUGAAAUCAUGUCCCUAACUCGCAGCUGAACUGCAGCUGGUUGAAGCAGGGGUGCGAACGUUCCGGGUUGAAUUAUCAUCCACUCUCCAGAGGAUUGGGGUCCAUGUCACAAAGACCAUGCAGAUUGUCUCCAUCUUGGCGCUUAUACCUCGUCGUUAAAGUACUACGUUCUUUUGAAUCGAGCUACUUAAACGAUGAUUAAUUCCAACCCCCGAUGAUGAAGGCAUUGUCAGCUCAGAUCGUUUUCCAAUCGACUGACGUGCCCAAAAUUCGAUUGCUGUUUAUUCUUGUCAUUUGGUUGAAACUCUCUUUCUAUUACCCCUACAAUUAUUCUCCUUGUGCUCACUCAGGAAACAAACCAAGACUAUGUCCAGGUCCAACGACAUAGUUGAGUUUCCUCGCUCUGCUGUUGCGUGGAGAGAACUUGCCUCCAAGUCUCACGUGAAAGAUGAGAGCAUUCACAGCAAGACUUGCGACUCAGCAUCAAAGAUAUCCAAAGAGCAGUAUCUCCUACUCAGGAGUUAUUGGGUUGAAGUGAAGCGUAAGGCGACCAAGGCAGAGGACUGGGGCAUCAAUACUGUUGACGAAGCAAGCGGGUGGUUAGAUAAAUUCGAUGACUGGCAGGCAUAUCUCAACAACCUAGGCUCGCAACCUAUUAUGCUGAUCCCACGACUCGGCUCAUUCUCAUAUGUAUAUAUGACCUUAUGCCAGGUGAUCAGGCUGCCGGAAGAAUAUACGGAAGAGGAGGAGGACAAAAACGUCAAUUUCAGCCCAAUCGCAUCCCGUCUUCGAUCAUCCGACUACAAAGUAUUUCUUGAGAGUCCGACAAAAGCGGCUGCGGAGAGGAAAGGGUUGGACCAGUCUAUGGGUACCAAUAAAUUUGCACAAAUGUUACAGCAACUAAGCAUCAAAGAAGGCGCCGGUGACAACAGCUCGGACGAGGAUAUAAAGGGUAAAGGGAACGCGAAAGAUGAUCAGAACGAAUCGGCGUCUAAUGCUGGUAGCGAUAGCACUCAGGCACACUCCUGGGUACAGAUGAGCCCUAACUCCUUCCGCAAGGCAUUCCCAAGAGUGGAGGACGAGCAAAUAGUCAACGGAUUCUUGAUUGCCUUCCUUGCUGCACUUUGUAUGCACCACCCGGAUGUGAAACUCGAGUGGUCUCCUGUCAGGAAGGGUUUCAAAUUUGGCAGAUCUAGUGAUACUGCUGGUGAAACGAAGGCAUUCCUCUUCGAAGCAAGGACUGAUGGCCAUCUAUCCGAACCUGUGCUGAGAAAGACGGACAUACGAUCUACAGUGAUCGUCGAGGUCAAACCAACUCUUCGGGGUUAUAACAACCGUGUCAUUUAUCAAGCCACUGCCCAAAUGGCGGCUUGGAUAUAUGAGGAGCCAGAUGAGCCCGGAAGCCAGGAGCCAUAUCGGCGCGCAAUGAUUCUGCAGGAACGCCAGCAAAUCAGGCUUGUCGUGGCCAAGUAUGACCGUAAUUAUAUAAAUUACCUCAAAAAUACUGCGAAUGCAGCGGCCACCAUGUCCCUAUUGGAGAUGCACGAGGUACGAGUGUGGGACAUUGGGGAGAGAGAUGAAAUGAAAGAAUUUGGAAAUAUCCUUCUCGCGCUCGUCCUCCAGGGCGGCAAGCUCCUAUAUUAGGCCCUUUAAGCUGCUUAUUUGCUAUGCACAACUGGUUAUCCCAAACGGUUAGUUAUCUCUCGGUUUGUAUCAUUGAAAAAUGCGCUGACAGCCUGUGCAGACCUUGAUCGACAACUUGGUAUUCCCCGUGAAUUUGCAGCAGUCGAUGUACUCAGUAGCCCCUACAGGACUUCUGGUGGCGGUUGCCCUUUCCUGUCAAAAAUUCAAUCCUUGGAAGCCGUUUGUUUCUUCAGGGAGUUCAAAUUCAUAUUCACAAACUCUAUAUAUUUUCCUCGUUGCUUUGUCUUUUCCUAUUACCGUCUAUAUAGCCUUAAGAAAAUCCCUUGGCCUUUAAACAGGCCUGAAAUGUAUCGCGCAUAUUUCAUUCUUACUAGCGAGAUUACAUCUCCCUUGCCUCCUUCUCCCAAAAUCUCAAAUACGUGUAGAAAACUAACUCGUGCAAUAAGAGAGAAGAGCUAGAGAAUAGGGCUUCGACUAAAGGAAAUGUGACGCCGCAAAAUUCGAUGUGAAUACUUCAUUGCAUUAAGGCAUCAGUUUCAGUAUCCCUAGUGUUUGUCGCCUCAUCUAAGACCAGGAUAUCAGGGAGUGUAAUCAUGGCUCGUGCAAAAGAAGUGCAACUGCUUCUCGCCUUAGCUUAGGUUUUAGCCUUCGCGUGAAAUAAGGGAAUGAAGAUUCUGAAACGCAGAAGUACGCUCUGCUGGGGCAGAGUAGAUCAGUUACAGAGCUUGUUUGAAGCACGGAAUCGGGAUAAUGGUCAAAAAGAUAUGAAUUAGAACCGGUAGGCCCUGAGGAUAGUAUGGGGUAGUUAGGGGGUAUUAUAGUUAAGCGACUGCGCAGGUCAUGCGGUUUAAUGUGUGAACUAUCCACACCAUCAAUCUCGAUUGCAUCCUUCUUUGCUGCGAGGAACCUGAACAAUGCAAGAGUGAGGGAUAAUUUGCCAUUUCCAGUUCGUCCGCCUAUUCCAACACGCUCGCAGGAGCAUGUAUAAUUGAUGCCUUUCAAGAUCGCCGAUUGAGCCAGGAGUAUAUCCUACUUCAGCGUUCGUGGCUUGGAGCCUUUGCAUUUCAGUCUUCUGGGAGAAUCACCGCUUGGAUACCUCUCGAGAGCGAAGCAGGUUUAUUGAGCAUCUCCAGCUUGGCCGUUCUGAUACGCAAACGGCCCUUUGUUGCAAGAAAGCACCUCCAAUGGUGAGAGCCAGAGCGAAGCCUAGCUGGUCAUACCGAGCAAUUUGGAAAACAAGAGAAACAAGCUG